CCUAGGCUCUUCUUGAUAAUCGAAUUCGAAUACAUUUUACAGUAUGACAGUAUGGUCAGGGGGCGUUUCUAAUCAUGAUUUGAUCUGAAUACAUUGCAAUUUGACGUGGAUAUGAUGAUGAUUUGACUCGAAUUCAGGGACGAUUGGAAACGUGAAUGAUAUUAUCGAGACAACGUAAUGGAUCCUACAUACUCAGCGUUUUCGUUUACUAAAGAAGAGGGGGAUGGCUUAGAGACAUAUACCCAACGGGUAGAAAUCAGUCAAAACACGGCAAGCCAAGCUGAAAUCGAACGCCAAAUACAAAAUGCGGUUAAGGAAAGACAUUUGGAUAAAUUAAACGAAAUGCUGCAGCGACAUCCCCACUAUCAAACUUACUAUCACAUGCAGAAAAAUGUACUUGGACCAAAAGUUGAUUUAAAACUAGACCAAUCAUGGGGUAUGACAGUUUUGCAUUGGGCCGCUAUUUCUGGAGAUACUGCAAAGCUCGAGAAUGCAAUAUCAAAUGAGCCACACCUUUCUCUCAAUACAUUAGACUCUUUUAGUGACACUCCGCUGCAGCUGGCCUCGAGAAAUGGUCAUUCUGAAUGUAUGAAAUUACUUUUAGAUAAAGGUAGUGAUGUCAACAUAGCAGGAAACUGGUGCAGGAAUCCAAUACACGAAGUUGCUGAAAAUGGACACUAUGCAGCUGCCGUCGUGUUAAUCAAAUACGGGUCUCCCUUAGACAGCACAACAUCAAUUGGUAAUACUCCCCUGCUUCUUGCAUGUAUGAAUGGUAAUUUUGACAUUGCAAAAUUACUUGUAUCCAGGAAUGUGAAAAUAAACUCAAGAAAUGCUGAUGGUCAAACUGCACUUCACAAGGCUUGUCAGAAUGAUAAUAUAGAGUGUGCAAAUCUGUUGGUUGAUAAUAAUGCAGAUGUGGAAGCGAAGGACAACGAGCAGCAAACGCCUCUUUUAAUAGCAGCUAAAUGUGGUAGCUUGAAUUGUCUGAAAUUACUUGUUAAUAUAAACUGUGAUAUAAAUGCAUGUGAUUUGAACAAAGCCACGGGACUUCAUUUGACGGCAAGGGGUGGUUUCAUAGACUGCACCAAAAUCCUAAUUGGCGCGAAUGCGAAUAUUAGAUCACGAGAUGUGUUACGCAAUACCCCUUUAAUUGAGGCUAGUUUUAAUGGAAAUUAUGCGGUUGUGAACUAUUUGGUAGAGUUGGAAAGUCUAAAUAUAGAAGACGUAAAUUACGCCAAUUUUUCUGGACGUACGGCGUUACACCAAGCUGUUUUAAAUGGCCACGUUGACGUCACUUGCGUGUUACUGAAACAUGGUGCCAGUCCAUUAACUAUGGACAAAUCCACGAACACCCCAACUCAGCUAUAUCGUUCAAUGACAGGGACAAGACUUCCUUUCAACGCACGUGUAACUGGACGUCCACUUUUAUUUAACAGCAAAAAAGGACGUGCUCCGAUUCACGAUGCUUCAGAAAACGGCCACGCUGAAUGCGUUAAGUCAUUAUUAUGCUAUAACGCCGAUGGUAAUUCACGUGAUUUUGACGGUCGAACGCCAUUAAUAUUAGCGACAACAAAGGGUCACACAGACGUGGCAAAAGUGCUCAUUGAUCAUAAUGUAAAUAUUGAUAGCAUUGAUCGGGUUUUUAGAACAGCUUUACACCAAGCAGCGUUCCAUGAAGCGUUCGAUUGCGUACGUAUUUUAUUAGACGCUGGCGCCGACGUAAAUAAUCGCGAUUCACAGGGUGAUACGGCCGUUAUUAUCGCAAGCCGGUGUGGAUUUCAUCCCAUUGUACACCAACUAUUGCAAAGUGAUUGUGAUACGACAAUACGCAAUAACGGUGGCCGAAAUGCGUUGCACGAAGCAUGCGUCGAAGGUCACAAAGACUGCGUAACGUUACUACUUCGGUCAAAUACAGAUGUGGACAAAGGUGAUUUCUAUCGGGACACGGCUCUGGUUUUAGCAGCACGUAAAGGCCAUACGAAAAUUGUAAAUAGUUUGCUAGAACACGGAGGUGACGUAAAUAGAGUCUGUUCAUACGGAAGGACUGCACUUCACGGAGCAGUCGCUAACAGUGACUUCGAAUGUUGUAAACUGUUACUAGAAGCAGGCGCGAAUCCAAAUACUAAAGACGCCGAUGGGCGUACACCGCUUCUCUCCGCAUUUGAUUUUGUCAAGUUAACUCCAAGACGAAUCGAGAUCAUUAAGCUUUUAGUUGUCUUUAACUCCGAUGUUGAUACAAAUGGACCACUCAAUGGUAAAAUGUGUUGUCCAUUAGAAGUGGCGUUGGAACGCCAGAGUUUACCAGCCGUUCAAAUCUUGACGUUCGCUGGAUGUGACCUAAGCAUCGUUACGUUUCUAGACACUGAAUUUGAAAACACUUCAAUUUUUGGGCCAAGUAAACGCGAACAUGUUUUUUCUUGGAUCAAAAAGUACAAAUCUAGUCCAAUGACGUUGCGAUGUAUCUGCCGCAUGGAAAUACGCCGUCACCUAAGCCAUUACGUAAAACGUGACGUUGGACGAAUCGUUCUUCCCAAAACGUUGAAAGAAUUCCUUUGUAUGGAUGACCUUCAGAGUAUCUAGAUGUUUUUAGUUAAAUAUUCUGAGAUAUUCAUACUCUUGUCUUUUAUCAAGUGAUACCAAGAUAUUCCAAGAUUUUCCCAUGUAUCAUAAGAGCUGAGAUCAUCAUAAUAUGUUAGUCUCAUGAUCAGCAGAAGAGUAUGGUGAUUCAUAUUCAAAUCAAUAUAAAAUGAUUUAGCAAACACUGGCCUGAAUACGUUCUGUGUAAGUCUGUAAGUGACAUUUUAAAACAAUUAAAAAAUCAAAGAAAUAUCGGCCAUUGCCAUUUUGUCGAAAAUACUCGACACAAGUAACUCGGUUAGUUCAGCGUUUAAUUCGGCCUGUCGACUGUCGAGCAAUCGCGGCAGACCUACUCAAAGUGUAUUUCCACAGACACGGGAACAAACAAAAAUUCAUCCCCCUCCCAC